AUGCCGGCCAGGUACGAAAUCGUCGAUGAGCCGGAGUCGUUGGAGAUCAUUGAUGACGUUUACCGCGGUGACCUUACAAUCGAAGACAAUGCUGAGUCGACCCGUAGUCUGGAACCUAUUUUUCCUGGGGCAGUAGGCUUCCGGACCGUGUUCUAUGACCCUCGAUGGACACCUGGCCAACGUAAAUGUUGCAUAGGCCUUUAUAUGGUUCCGGAUUUGGAAUCUCAUGACAUCACCUUUCUGUUCUAUAGUCCUUUCGACAACACGAUCAGCUACGACAAGUACGUGUCAGAAAUCGACGACUACCUGCAAGUGUAUCGUAAUUACAGCCGUGAAGUCAUUCAUAAGACUUGCAGCAACGGUGAUAGUUGUGGUUUUGACCUCAGCUGGCUAGGCGACAACUGCACACGGGCGAACCAGUACGGUUUUUUGACCGGAAAUCCGUGCAUUCUGUUCGUGCUGAGAAAUGUACAUUACUGGCAGCCAGAACUGAAUGACACUUUGAAGCGAUUGAUGACUACCGUCGGCAGCGAUCGCAGUUUCGAUUCGAAUCACUUACCCCUCACGUGUAGGGCGACUGUAAUGUCUGACGGCGUCGAAACUUGGGACAAUAUGAAAUACUAUCCGGAAGCCGGCUUCAACAUAACCUCUUUUAGAGGCAGCGACAGAAGCGGCUUACCUCCGUUGGUAUUUUUACAGUUACUUGAGCCGCAUCGUAUGCCGGAGCUUCAUUUUCGAUGUCAGAUAGUUGCUGACAAUAUCGGAUCUCUGCUAGGCAUUCAUACGGUGGAAUUCGAGUACAGUAAUCCCAAGAUUGAAUCGUAUUCGAUGAAGAACGACUGA